ACAAUACAUUUUAUAAUAAUCUAGAUGUCAAACUAUGAUUGUGUUAGAGAUUUUUUGCGAUCAACCUCAUACAGUGAAUAUGACAAUGGAUACAUUGAUGGAAAGUAUUCUUUACCAGUUGAAACAAUGCGAGCUGAAACAUUGCUGGAGUAUGAGUAUACACAUAGAUCAGAUCAUUGUGUAUAUCCUCCUAUCAAACCCCAGUUUGUUAAUGUCAAUCACAUGAUUAUUAUGGUCGGACUACCUGCUCGGGGAAAGACGUACAUUGCAAGAAAGUUAUGUAGAUAUUUAAACUGGUGUGGUAUAGCUUCUAAAGUGUUAUCUGUUGGAGAAUAUCGUCGGAAAGCAGCUGGAACAGAUCUUAAGCAUGAAUUUUUUAUUAGAAGUAAUAUUGAGGCUGAAAAAAUUAGACAAAACAGUUUGUCAAGAGAACAAAGUAAUGCUAGGCAGAAGAAUAAGAUAGAGAAAGAAGAUGACAAACAAUGUUAUUGGAAUGCAUUAGAGGAUGGAGCAGCAUGGAUGGAAGAAAAACCUGAAAAUAAAGUUGUGAUAUUUGAUGCAUCAAACACAACAAGAAGCCGAAGAGAAUCAGUGUAUUCAUUUUGCAUUGAACAUAGCAUUAAACCAUUUUUCAUUGAAUCUGUUUUCAAUGAUGAAGAUAUUAUUGAUAGUUUUGUGAAGGAUAUACAAGAAUAUAGUCCUGACUAUGUUGAAACAAACUAUGAAGAAAGAGUUAAUGAUUUUAACAAAAGAAUGAAGCAUUACAAAGAUGAAUAUGAAACCAUAAGCGAUCAGAAUGAAAUUGAAAAAAAAUUUUCAUACAUUAAAACUAUAAACGCUGGCAAGCAGUUUUUAAUUAACAAUGCAAAUGGUUACCUGCACAGUCAAGUUGUUUAUUAUCUCAUGAAUAUUCACACACAAAAGCGUUCUCUCUAUAUAACUGCUCACGGAGAAUGUGAUUACAAUGUAAAACAAGAGCUUGGUGGAAAUUCUGGCCUAACUAAAACUGGGAAGCUGUUUGCUUCAGCGCUUAGUGAGUAUAUGAAGAAAGAAUCAUUGCAAAAUUUUCGGGUAUGGACUAGUUCAAUACAAGGCUGUAUAGAAACUUCAAAAUAUAUUAAUGGACCCAUUGAAAUAUGGAGGAACCUGGAUUAUUUAAAUUGUGGAGAGUAUCAUGGAAUGAAGUUUACUGACCUUGCAAAACAGUAUCCUGAUCAGUUUACAGAAUCAAGUGGACCUUUAGAUUUUAAUUGGAGAUAUCCAUCUGGUGAGUCGUAUCAUGACAUGCUGUCUAGAUUAGAGCCAGUGAUUAUGGAGCUUGAAAGGCAGCAAAAUGUGUUAGUUAUCUCUCACAGGACAACUAUUCGAUGUCUAAUGGCUUACUUCUUAGAACACAAUCCAGAUGAAGUUGGCCGCAUCAAAGUUCCUCUUCAUACAUUGUUUAAGGUUACACCAAUCGCUUAUGGCUGUCGACUAGAAAAAGCCACGUUAGAUGUUCAAACUGGCCGACUUACAAAGUAUACUGUUCAUCCUAAUUAAAAAAUGGAUUUUUUUUUUCGUUU